CUUCUUUGGCAUCUCCAGUCCUGUCACUUCUUAUCCUCAUCAUGUCUGCCAUUACCGAAUUUUCCAAGCGCGAAUUUCCCAAGACUAUCGUUCUUUUCGACGUUGACGGAACCCUCACUCCAGCUCGCAAUCAUGUCUCCCAAGAAAUGCUUGACACUCUCAAGGCCCUUCGUAAGAAGGCUGUAAUCGGAUUUGUCGGUGGCUCUGACAUUAGCAAGCAGUACGAACAGUUGGGUGAUAACAUUCUCAAUGACUUUGACUAUUGUUUUGCUGAGAACGGCUUGACUGCAUACAGACUUGGCAAGCAGUUGGCAUCCCAGAGCUUUAUUGAGUGGAUCGGUGAUGAAGAAUACAACAAGCUCGUUAACUUCAUCUUGCGUUAUAUUGCUGAUAUGGAUAUUCCCAAGAAGCGUGGUACUUUUGUUGAGUUCCGCAAUGGUAUGAUCAACGUUUCACCCAUUGGACGUAACUGCAACCGCGAUGAGCGUAACGAGUUUGAGAAGUAUGACCUUGAGCGUGGUCUGCGUAAGAAGUUUGUCGAGGAGCUUAAGAAGAACUUCUCCCACCUUGCUCUGACAUUCUCUAUUGGUGGUCAGAUAUCUUUUGAUAUCUUCCCUACUGGCUGGGACAAAACUUACUGCUUACGUCAUAUUAAGCAAGAAGGCUUUGAUACUAUCCAUUUCUUUGGUGACAAAACUUUUGCUGGUGGAAAUGACUACGAAAUCUACUCUCAUCCCGAUGUUACUGGUCAUGCCGUCAAGUCCCCCACUGAUACCAUUCGCACCCUCAAGGAGCUCUUCCCUGGACUUUAAAUAUUUUACAUUGUUUCAUUCAUCUAAUAAACGUCAUACACGCAGUUAUAUAUAUAUAACUGGCACACACAU